GUCGGCCAUUUAUACUUCGGAUGUGAUUUGUGAACGAGUGUCAGUGACAAGAAUGGCGCUCCGUCGGCUGUUCCAGUUGUCCUCUCUAUUCCGCUCCACGGUGACGGUAGUACUUCGCAGGAAUAUCGGUCUGUCUGCGGUGCUGUUCAACAGGGCGAAGGACCUGGAUCCCGUCCAGAAGCUUUUCUUGGAUAAGAUCCGUGAUUACAACACCAAGAGCAAGGCUGCGGGGGGUGUGGUUGACGCUGGCGCCUCCUACCAGAAAAAUCUGACAGAAGAAAUGGCCAAACUGCAGAGGUUAUACGGAGGUGGUGAUAUGACUAAAUUCCCAGACUUCAAAUUCCCUGAACCUAAGCUGGAUGAAGUGGCUAAGUGAGCCACCCUCUGCUCAACUCUACUGUUCCAACAUGUCUGUCAAGCUCCAGAAGAGUGUAUCUAUUUAAUAAAUGUACUUGGACUAAA